AGGUAAUACAUUAUAUACACGUACACACAGUUAAACGUACUCGAGAGAAAGAUUGUUACAAAGUGGUAUAAACGUUUUAAGUUUUCUUCUGUAGAAUGACAAAAUUAUAAUUAAUUAUCGUAAAAAUAGGUUGUGUUACCAAAUAAAAGUUUUCAUAUGAAAUAAACGUAGUAAAAAUUAGACAAAUUAAGAUUGUUUGUUUUUUUUGUUCUUAUACAUUUUCCGGUCAUUUACGUGCGGAGUGAAGUGAAAAGUGUGUUCUCGAGUAAUCCAAAAUUAUUAACGGUAUAUAUAAUUGUAGGGAUACAAUAACCUAUUCUGACAUUAUAUUUCAUUCAUAUGUACGACAAUGAGCUUUCCAGAGAAACAGGAUGGUAUAUCUAAAGAUGAGUGGGUCGCUAAACUUGAAGAAGGAUCUCACAUGCAAAGAGUCUCUAUGAAUAAUCUGAUUAUGAAUUAUCUUGUAACUGAAGGAUUUAAAGAAGCAGCUGAAAAAUUUCAACAAGAAUCUGGAGUUGGCCCGACAAUAGAGUUGAGUUCGUUAGAUGAUAGAAUUCGUAUUAGAGAUGCUAUACAAAAUGGUCGCAUUCAAGAAGCUACGGAUUUGGUCAAUCAAUUGCAUCCUGAAUUACUAGACAAUGAUAGAUAUCUUUAUUUUCAUCUCCAACAAUUACAUCUCAUUGAAUUAAUUCGUACUGGCAGAAUCGAAGAAGCAUUACAGUUUGCUCAAGAUCAGCUUAGUGAAGCUGGAGAGUCAGAUGAUAAUAUAUUGUGUGAAUUGGAACGUACUUUGGCUUUGUUGGCUUUUGAUGAACCACAUAAAAGUCCUUUUAGCGAUCUUCUACAUCCUACACAUCGACAAAAGAUUGCUAGUGAACUAAAUGCUGCUAUAUUGAAAAUGGAACAUAGAGAAUCAACCAGUCCGAGAUUAAAUAAUUUAUUAAAAAUGAUCUUAUGGGCCCAAGAUGAGCUGGAUAAGAAAAAAGUAAAAUAUCCUAAAAUGACUGACUUGGGUAGUGCAACUAUUGAAAGUCCAAAAUAAUACUAAUAAAUUGAAAAUAGGUACUUCGAUGAAAUAAUAAGAUUUUAUUUAUUAGUAUCUAUAGAGGACGAAUAUUAUAUAUUAAUAUUGUUAUUACAUAAACAUUAGAUUUUUAAUUAUAAAAUUCUUUGAAUUAUUAAGUAAUUUUUUUUGUUUUAAAUAAAGAAAAAAAAAAAGAGAAAAUUUCAUUAUACUCUAUAAUAGAUUUGAAAUUUUAUAACAUGUCAUAUGUAAUAACAACUCGGUAUCUAUUAAUAUAUUUAGAAUAAAAUGUGUAUAUUAAUUCUUUGUAUACAUUAGAAUUAUUUCAUUAUACAUCGUAAAUCGUCAUUUUUAUUAUAAAUUUAAUACAAGCCUAACAAAUCAGAAUACCAUACUGAGUAUGAAACAAGUGCAAAAUUAUCAUUUUCAUAAAUUAUACAUCACUAUUUUACAGAUAAUAAACAAAUCGUUUUGUCAUAUGUUUCAAAAUACUUAAGAAAUAUAUAUAUAUAUAUCAUGUAGCAUAAGAUUUAACUAUUAUUCACAACAUGUAUAUUUAAUGUAACAAUAAGAUUAGACAGUACCAUAUCAAAAGAGGA